AUGGUGGCCACGGGUGUUGAGAUUACUUGGGAAGCCUUUCGAAGAAAGUUUUUGGAGAAAUUCUUCCCAGAGACAGUGAGAAGGACUAAGGAAGCUGAAUUUUUGUAUUUGCGGCAAGGCAAUAUGUCUGUUAGCGAGUAUGCCACGAGAUUUGAAUCUCUGUCUAAGUAUGCUACUUAUUAUCAACACCAACCAGACGAACACUGGAAGUGCCAAAAAUUUGAAGAAGGAUUGCGUUAUGAGAUUCGCAAAGGUGUAAUUACUCAAAGAAUCAGAAAUUUUCCAGAAUCGAUUAAUGCUUGUACUGACUUGGAGGACUUAGAUGUCCAAAGGAAUGCUCGUGUGAAGAAUUUUGGGCCCCAAAGGUUUAACAGGGGAGGACAAGGACAACAACAGAGGAAACCUUAUCAACCAUCGCUAAGAAGCCAAGGAUUUGCAUCUGGAAGCGGGAGAUUCCAAGCCUCAGCUGGAGGAUUUAGCAGACCAAGUAACAAUCAAAUCAACUGUUUUGUUUGUGGAGGGCCACAUUUAGCCAGAAACUGUACAAGGAAGAAUGUGUAUUGUUUUAGAUGUGGAAAACAGGGUCAUUACAUUCGUGAAUGCCCUGAAAUGAAGAAAGAAGUGAGCAAUCAGAAUAGUCGUAAUGAUGGCAACAAAAAUAAUAACAACAAUAAGGUUGGAAGGCCCAAGGUUCAAGGAAAAGUUUUCACUAUGAGUGGGGAGGAGGCAUCCCACUCUGAUGCUAUGAUACAAGGUACGUGUUUCAUAAAUGAAAAUGUUUUGGGUGUAUUGUAUGAUUCAGGAGCUUCUCACUCCUUUAUUUCUGAAGUUUGUGUGAAACAAAUUAACUUGCCUGUUACUGUUUUACCCUAUGAGUUGAUUGUUUCUACUCCUGGUAGUGCUCCUAUCAUUACUACCAAAGCUUGCUUGAAUUGUCCUAUAACCAUAGAAAAUAGAAAUUUUUUUGUGAAUUUGUUUUGCUUACCCCUUAUUGAUUUGGAGGUCAUUUUGGGACUAGAUUGGUUAUCUGCCAAUCAUGUUCUUUUAGAUUGUCACCAUAGAACUAUAUCUUUUGAUAAUCAUGUUAAACCAUCUUCCGUGAAUCUGAAAUUCUUAACGGCUAACCAAGUCAAUACUUCUUUGAGGGAAGGAGCUUAG